CAGUCUCGCUGAGUUUGAUCCGAUUUCAGGAGUUUUGAGAAAGCAAUACCUGCAAGUUCUGCUAGGUUACUGAACUUAAACUGCACGUCGCAACAAAGGGAGGGGAACGCGUCUGGGUCCCGGAGUGCACCCACUUAGCUGCUUUCUCCCCUCUCUUGCUCUAGUGAUGGAAGGGAUGGAGGACGCCGAGGCCGAUUGCUCGGCUGCAUUUGCAGAGGCUCAGAGAUGGGUAGAGGCUGUGACUGAGAAGAAUUUUGAAACCAAGGAUUUUCGAGCCUCUCUAGAAAAUGGUGUUCUGCUGUGUGAUUUGAUCAAUAAGCUCAGACCCGGCAUCAUCAAGAAGAUCAAUAGACUGUCUACACCAAUAGCAGGUUUGGAUAAUAUAAACGUUUUUUUGAGAGCUUGUGAACAGAUUGGAUUGAAAGAAGCCCAGCUUUUUCAUCCUGGGGAUCUGCAGGAUUUAUCAAACAGAGUCACUGUCAAGCAAGAAGAGACUGACAGGAGAUUGAAAAAUGUUUUGAUAACUUUGUACUGGCUGGGAAGAAAAGCACAAAACAACCCCUACUAUAAUGGUCCCUAUCUCAAUCUGAAAGCUUUUGAGACUCUGUUGGGCCAGGCUUUGACCAAGGCUCUUGAAGAUUCUAGCUGCCUGAAAAGAAGUGGCCGCGACAGUGGCUACGGGGAUAUCUGGUGUCCCGACAGAGGAGAAUUUCCUGCCCCCUCAGGCAGCCAUAGGAGGGAAGAUUCCUUUGAAAGCUUGGACUCCUUGGGGUCUAGAUCACUGACCAGCUGCUCCUCAGAUCUCACGCUCAGAGGUGGGAAGGAAGGUUUCGAAAGUGACACAGACUGGGAAAUCACAUUCAAAAUGCAGGACUAUAACAAAGAUGAUAUGUCCUAUCGAAGGAUUUCAGCUAUUGAGCCAAAGUCUGCCCUACCAUUCAAUCAAUUCUUGCCCAACAAAAGUAAACAGCCAUCCUACGUGCCAGCGCCUCUGAGGAAGAAAAGGACAGACAAAAAUGAGGAUAACAGAAGAAGCUGGGCAAGCCCAGUCUACACAGACUCAGACGGGACAUUUUCAAGACUCUUUCAAAAGAUUUAUGGUGAGAAUGGGAGCAAGUCCAUGAGCGAUGUCACCGCAGAGGAUGUUCAGAACCUGCGUCAGCUGCGGUACGAAGAGAUGCAGAAAAUCAAAUCCCAACUGAAAGAGCAAGAUCAGAAGUGGCAGGACGAUCUUGCAAAAUGGAAAAGUCGCCGGAAGAGUUACACUUCAGAUCUGCAGAAGAAGAAGGAGGAGAGGGAAGAGAUCGAAAAGCUGGCCCUGGAGAAGUCUGACCGAAGCUCCAAGACAUUUAGGGAAAUGCUGCAGGACAGGGAAUCUCGAGUUCUGAAUUCUACAAGGAGGAUGUAUUCUGCCGAUGAUGCCCUGGAUGAUGAAGUACUUCAUCCUACAGUGACUCUGUCUGAAACCAGCUAUCAGAGAGAGAGACUGGGAGACAAGACAACAGCUUAUCCUGCCGAGACGGCCAAAGAAGAUUCCACAACGUUUGCAAAGAGACAGGACAGUGUAGCAGCUGAGAUUCAGCAGUCUUCUCAUAUUCCUGAAGAGCAGAGGCAGCGGCCGGCCCCUUUAUCUGCUGCAGAACCACACCAGGCCCCCUUGUCUUCUGCAGAACCACACCAGGCCCCCUUGUCUUCUGCAGAACCACACCAGGGCCCCUUGUCUUUUGCAGAACCGCACCAGGGCCCCUUGUCUUCUGACGAGCCUCACCAGGCCCCCUUGUCUUCUACAGAACCACACCAGGGCCCCUUGUCUUCUGCAGAGCCUCACCAGGCCCCCUUGUCUUCUAUAGAACAGCACCAGGUCUCUUUAUCUUCCGCCGAGCCACACAAGGUCUCUUUAUCUUCAGUAGCACUGCGUCCAGUCUCGUUCUCGUUUCAGCAGUCGCUGAGUACCAGAGGAGAGUCGACUCGGAUUUCAGCUUCUCUCCCUAGAAGUUACCAGAAAGCCGAUACAGCCAGGUUAACAUCUGUGGUCACAGCGAGACCUUUUGGCACGCAGUCAAGGGGAAUCUCAUCACUGCCCAGAUCCUACACGAUGGACGACAGCUGGAAGUACAAUGGCGGUGUUGAGGUUGUCAAGAGAGCUCAACAGAAUUUCGUCAUAGCCCCUGCCCCGAAGCUUGACUCCACCCAGUUUGUGUUGGGUUCAUCCAGUGAAAAGGAGGCAGCCCCAGGAGAAGAUGUGGCAAGCAUGUCCUCUUCCACACCCCUUUCUUUGCUCUUGCAAGACCAGGCAGCCACUUCAAAAGCCACACACUCUGGAGAAGGGAGAAGCUCGCCACUGAGGGACGUUUCAAGGUCCCAGGAUCAGUUCAGCGAUAUGAGAAUCAGCAUAAACCAGACGCCUGGGAGCCAACCUGACUUCGGGUUUACAAUAAGAUGGGAUUAUUCGGGGAUCUUCGUGGCAUCUGUUGAAAAAGGUAGCCCAGCAGAAUUUUCUCAGCUGCAGGUAGAUGAUGAAAUUCUUGCCAUCAAUAACACCAAGUUUUCAUAUAAGGAUACAAAAAAGUGGGAGGAAACCAUGGCAAGCGCCCAAGAAACCGGAAACUUAGUGAUGGAUGUCAGGCGCUAUGGAAAGUCUGACUGGGGCAGAGACCAACCUCCCCUGCCAUCCAUACAACGGCAUAAAACCCUCAAUCUUACCAGUGUGGCUACCAAAAUUAUAGGUUCGCCAGAAACAAAGUGGACGGACACGACUUCAGGGAUUUACACCUCAGACAAGUCCUCAAGUCUGUCGGUAACAACUGAUUUCUCUGAAAGCCUUCAGAGUCCUUACACUGAAUCCAAAGAAAUCAAUGGAAUUCACGAAGAAAGCAACACCCUUGAUUCAAAAGCAUCAGAAUCCAUUUCUUUGAGAAAUUUAAAAAGGCGGUCCCAAUUUUUUGAACAAGGGAGCCCCGAUUCUGCAGGUCCUGAUGUUCCAGUUCCAACCCUCAAUGCCCCAAGUCGCUGGGCGUGGGAUCAAGAGGAGGAGCGGAAACGACAGGAGAGGUGGCAGAAAGAGCAGGACCGCCUACUCCAGGAAAAAUACCAACGUGAGCAAGAAAAGCUGAGGGAAGAGUGGCAGAGGGCGCAACAAGAGGCCGAGAGAGAGAAUUCCAAGUACUUGGAUGAGGAGCUGAUGGUCCUAAGAUCCAACAGCAUUUCUCUGACUACACGGGAGCCUGUGACUGCCACUUGGGAAUCCACCUGGAGUGAAGGGUCCAAGUCUUCGGACCGGGAAGGAACCCGAGCAGGGGAGGAGGAGAGAGGACAGCUGGAAGAGGAUGCUGUUCGUGAGGACAAAAGUCGGAAACUGCAGGAGCAGCUCAUGCUUGAGCAGGAGAAGAAACGGAAGGAAGAAGCUCAGGAAGAAGAGCUUCGGAAGCAGCGGGAGGCUGAGGCACAGGCGCAGGCUGAGGCAGAAGCCAAGGCCCGAGCAGAGGCCCAGGCCCAGGCAGAGGCUCAAACGCGAAAACAGGCUGAAAUGCAAAAGUACCAUGCAGAGAGGGAGCGAGAAACUUCGGUCAAGAUCUACCAAUACCGGAGGCCUAUUGAUUCCUACGAUAUACCAAAGAGAGAGGAGGAAUCUUCAGGGAUGUUUUCUACGGACAGGAGCAAGUCAAGAUCUACUACGGAACUAAAUGAUACCCCCAUAGAGAAAAAUGGAAGCAGCAAAUAUUCUGACCGAAUUGGGACUACUAGCUUUUCUCAAAGGAGCUCCAGGAAGGAUCAGGGCCCCUCAGAAGCAGAGUUAGAGAGACAGCAAAUCUUGCAGGAAAUGAGGAAGAGAACGUCUCUCCAUAAUGACAACAGCUGGAUCCGACAGCGCAGUGCGAGUGUGAACAAAGAGCCCAUCUGCCUGCCUGGGCUCAUGAGAAGAGGGGAGUCCCUGGACAACCUGGACUCCCAGAGGCCUAGUUCCUGGAGGCAGUCCCCAUGGCACAGCCAACCUGCAGGAGUCUAUGCCUCCUCCUCCGUCCAAGACUUCAGUCGCCCGCCUCCACAGCUGUUGUCCACAUCAAACCGUGCCUACAUGAGGAACCCAUCCUCUGCGGUACCACCUCCAGCUGGCUCUGUGAAGACCAUCAUACCAGGCCCUGCCCCCCCAGGGUCUCCUACCCCACGCAGCUGCUCCCCUUCCAUUUCACAGUCGGGCUCUCAACUCCGCAACAGGUCAGUGAGUGGGAAGCGUGUGUGUUCCUACUGUAAUAACAUUCUGGGCAAAGGAGCCGCUAUGAUCAUCGAGACCCUGGGUCUUUGUUAUCAUUUACAUUGUUUUAAGUGUGUCUCCUGCGAACGUGACCUCGGAGGUUCCUCCUCAGGAGCUGAAGUCAGAAUCCGAAGCAACCAACUCUACUGCAAUGACUGCUAUCUCCGAUUCAAAUGUAAGAGAGCAAAUCAGAGAGAAAAUUUCUUGUCUUUUGAGGAGACCACGGGUUCCUAUGCCUUUUCCUGAGCCUGCAGCCACCUCUUCCUCAGGUUCACUACCAUAGGAUCGUUGGUCUCAGGGGUCAUAGUCUGUCCUAUUUAUAGAAGGGAUGUAGUGAAUCCUAACCACCUAGGAGGAGAUUGUGGGUUGGAGGAACUGAAGGGGCUUGUACCCAGAAAUCAGGACAUUGUCUCUGGUUUGCAAAGAUCCAAAAGAAACUUCUAAUGACUCCUGGGCUCAGAAUAGGGGUUAAGACAAGUCUGCUUUCUGAUUAAGGCCUCAUCUCUCAUCAGCUCAUUUUCAUUAUCUGAUGAUGAGAGCUUAUUAUGUGACUUAUAAUCAACUCUGAAAAUGAUUGAACCUAAGAGUAUCACUUUCUGCUUUAUGACAAUGUGUAGCCAUAUAUCCAUACAUAUAUUUUUUGAAGAGAGAGCCUUAAUUCUGUUUAUAAGGAGUUUCAAUAUUAUUGAAUUUAAAAACAAUUUAAAUGCUACUUCCUUUCUAAGUAUGUGUUCGAGCCUUGUGAAGUGUAGGGUAGCAUAACUUGGUUGUGUAUUGUUAUAGCUUCAGCAAGACAACAGUUAUUGCUGUGUAUCAUUUUGAACCUUGACGCUGGUAACAUGUUUCUUCCUUGUGAAAGGGUGUUACAAGUGGUACCUACAAACCUAUUGCUUUUGAACUCGGAGGUAUUUAUAUGGCCCCUUAUAUGAAGCGUGUUUGGAAAUGACUUGAACUGAUCAACUCUCUUUUAUCUGUCAAUGGCUAUCUGCUGGCUGUCCAGGCCUCUCUUGGAUAUUGAUCCUGAAGUUGGGAGAAUAUCAAGGCUGGGCAUGGGAUCUGGGGUGGUGGUGUGUAUGUGUGUGCAUUUUUUCUCUUUUAAAUCCAAAGCCAAAUAUCGCUGAUUUUUGGAGCUAUUGCCCACGCCUUCUCUCUCCUUCAGUACAAAUAAUAGAGAGUUGCAGGCCUUUUGUUUUCUGAUUCAGCAGCUAGUUUUUACUCUCUUUUGCAAAUAAAGAGUUCUAGCCCCAAGAGGCUGCAUUCUGCCUACCUUUAUCCUAAGGCGGAGUGACAGGCAACUCUUUCUACCUCAUUGGGCCCCUCUGAGUGACGACUGCUAUGUAUCCCAUGUGCUGAUAUUUACAUGCUUUUGAGUCUGAGCACCCUUCUCUCUUCUCUCCCUGCCUGAUCAGCUGGACGGCCAACCGCCAUGUGAUGUAAGCCUCCAUUCGAAAGCACUGUUGCAGAUAGAAGAAGAGGCGGUUGCCACUGCAGAACUAUAAAUAUGUCUUGUAUGUCCCCCCCCCCUUUUUUUUUUAAACAGAAGAACCUUUGCCUCAUUAGGACAUAGGAACACUGUAGUGUUGGUAGGACUUGUACUUUUGCUGUUUAUUUAUAAGACGGUAAUUUUGUCUGUGGGGGGAAGUGCAGUAUUUGCCUUUGAACUCAGUAUCCUAAAAGCACAAGUGGAAAAACCCCAAGAACUUAAAAAAAAAAAAACUUUUGAGGCCGAUGGUGAUCUAGUUUGACCCUUUAUUGGUGUUUUGAAGAGGGCAUUUUUUUUUAAGUUCUGAAACACUAUUUGAAAUAGUUAAUAUAAAUAUGUAAUUGUUUACUGUUUAUUGUAAUGUAUUCUAAGUUAAUGUGAAACUAUAGGAAAAAUUUUCAUUUAAAUCCAUCCAUAAAUUUUCUUUUUGUGGCUUUCUUUACACAGAAAUAAUCCAAUUGAGAAAUAAUUUUGUUCUUGGAAUAUUUUAUUUGCUUGAAGAGGGCAUUCUAUUUUCCUUACAAGGACUGUGGUUGCUGAGCAAAUAGAAUAGGAAGCUGUUCAUUUCCAGUAAUGAAAAAUAACCAUGGUUUGCACCAGAAAGUUUUUCAAGAAACUAGUGAGCUUUUCUGUUCAGUUGCUUUUGUAAAUAAAAUUGGUGAUGCAUUUAA